GCUCCGGAAGUUCAGGGGAGUUUCCUGCGAGCUCGGCUUCCUCAACAUGGCAGCGCCCUUGUCAGUGGAGGUGGAGUUCGGAGGUGGUGCGGAGCUCCUAUUUGAUGGUGUAAAAAAACAUCAAGUCACCUUGCCUGGGCAGGAGGAGCCCUGGGACAUCCGGAACCUCCUCAUCUGGAUCAAGAAGAAUUUGCUAAAAGAGCGGCCAGAGCUGUUCCUCCAGGGAGACAGUGUGCGACCAGGAAUUCUGGUGCUGAUUAAUGAUGCCGACUGGGAAUUGCUGGGUGAGCUGGACUACCAGCUACAGGACCAGGACAGCGUCCUCUUCAUUUCCACGCUGCAUGGAGGCUGAGGGCCCCUCUCUUCCUCGGCACCCUUGCAGGGGGAGAACGGAACAGACAAACAUCCCCUUGGGCCCAGCCUUCAGGUCUCCCUGUCCCCCGUGGCUGCCUUCUUCCCUGCUCUAUCCCCCAAGCUCCCUCCAGGCAGGGAAAAGAGGCCAGGUGCUAAAAAUGAGCCUUUCUCAGGCACGUGAGCAGGGGAAAGCAGGCAGUCAGGCUCCUGAGCCCAGAGCUCCUUCCCAGCAGCUGAGGUGGGGGAGGGUGCCCCUCUGGUGUGUCAGGAGCAGAGUGGGGCCCUGUGGCCAGGUGACCCAGCUGCCUUCCAUUCCUGUCUCAGUCUGAGCACUGAGUGACUGCCAAUGAGCACUCCAGCUCGUGGCCACAUUUGUGGAGAAGAUGGAUGGACCUGAAUAACUGAUGGGAAACCCCUCCCUUCCCAAAGACUGGAGGAGUCUCCGCCUCAGUUUCCCCAUCUGGACAGCAGAGGGCUCUGUCUGUCCCCCACUGAUAUCAUUAUGGAACCCCAGCUGGGGUCCCCUAUUCAAUACUGACUCCCUCCCCCUCACCCAGCAGCUGCUAUCCCAGCCACACCCCUCCUCCUGCUCCCCCCACCCCCAGCCCUUGACCCUGGCUGGCCUCCCCCCCACACACAGGCCACCAGAUGGGCUCCUGAGACCCUCACCAGGCUGUCUAUAGUUCAUUCUUCUGUGGGUGGAGAAGAAGAGGAAGUAGCCCAACCUCCGAUUAGCCAAUAGAGGCCUGGGGGGGGGGUUCAAUGUGCCUCAGUUUCCUUCUCUACACUAACUGAAUAUUCAUAAUACCUGAAAGCCAAGGAUAUAUAUGAUGGCACAGAUGUAAAGUCUGUGUCCCUUCCCACCUCCUGCAGAAAGCAGGGUCGGGGCAAGCAGCACCUGGUAGGCAGAGGGGUUUAYCCCCUCCCUCUGUCUGUUUUGGAAGUCUGGGGUCCUUGGGGCCUGCAACAGCUGGCCUUGAGCAAAUAAAAGACUAGGUUGUUUAUUAGCCUUGCUUGGAGCUUCUUCAUCCUCAGAAAUGGGUGGCACCCCAGUUCCCCCAGCCAAAGCCUCUGUCUGAUAUGACCUCUCUAUCCUCACCUAGGGCUCUCAGCUGCGCUUUAACCAAAAGGCUAAAACUCAAGCUACCCCAGAGCGGGUAGUCUGAUAGGACUAUCUGGAAAAGGAGGUGCAGAGCCAGUCUGUGCUGACUAGUCUGAGUCCCAGGACAUCCCCACUGGUCUGUCCAAGGCCAGGCUUUGUCCCACCAGCUGCAUUCAGCAGCCCCAGAACCCAGAAUGGGAGUGGCAUAGAUGAGAGUCCCCUCUCCUUCCCGCGAUCUGGCAGAAAGAGCUUUGUCUGCUGGAG